AUGCUACAGGCGUCUUCUCAGCUGGCACACCAAUGGGCCAUAGCGUUGAUAUAUCUCACGGCCUCGUGGCCAGAUCCUGGCUCCUAUCACCGACAACUCCACCGCUUUCCCUCUCAUACUCUACUCGCAAGUCCACCUCUCGCCACUGAGCCACCUGUACUCAAGGUGCCUUCCCCAGGCCCUCCUGAUAAACGGCAAGCAUGUGUCCAUCGAACACGUCUCAUGCAACGCAUCUGUGGUGUCCCUACGAGUGACUACCUCGAUCACCCCGAAAAUUCGUCGAUCAAGGUCAUCUUUCACUCUUCGUGCAAAGGUUUCAUUCUUUGGGCUGUCGCCUCCAGCCACUACGACGAGGCCCUCCUGAAUAUCGGCGACGGCCGAGCACCCCUCACUAAAGCCAUCGACAGGUUUCUCUGCUGCCUAUGGGAGAUGGGCAACAUGCACCAUAGCGGCCUGAAGGUAUUCAUGGAGACGUGGCUCGGCAUAAUGGUCGGCAUCGCCGAGGCGAGCGUCAAGUUCUCGGCAGGAUCCCUGGGGGAGGCCGUCUUGGCCGAGUGGGAGCAGGACCCUGAGAAGGCGUAUCGAUGGCUGAAGAGCCAGAUGAGAGAGUAUCAGGGUGAGAUCUCUGACAUUGAUUCCCAAGCCCCUACGACGCUGAGCGAUCUGAACAUUCCUCAGCGGGCUCAGGUCGAGGCGAAGAAGCAAGCUGUCGAGAGGCGCGGCCGCGUUGCUCCACCCAACUUGAACCUUUGGCUGAUCAAGAACUCUUCGGUGCAACAGUGGACGGCGGCCAAUAAGAGGAUAUUGGAGAUUAAUGAGAGGCUAGACACAGAUCUUGAUGAGGCUGCGCGUAAGGCCCUGGAGGCGGAGGGUGAGAAGUUGACCAGGAAGCAGGAUGAGCUGGUUGAGAGGUAUAAAGAGGCAGGUGGUCAAAACUUCUGA